AUGGCGUCCAUGCGGGAGAGCGACACGGGCCUGUGGCUGCACAACAAGCUGGGCGCCACGGACGAGCUCUGGGCGCCGCCCAGCAUCGCGUCCCUGCUCACGCCCGCGGUCAUCGACAACAUCCGCCUCUGCUUCCACGGCCUCUCGUCGGCCGUGAAGCUCAAGCUGCUGCUCGGGACGCUGCACCUCCCGCGCCGCACGGUGGACGAGAUGAAGGGUGCCCUGACCGAGAUCAUCCAGCUGGCCACCCUGGACUCGGACCCCUGGGUGCUCAUGGUCGCCGACAUCCUCAAGUCCUUUCCAGACACGGGCUCACUUAACCUUGACCUCGAGGAGCAGAAUCCCAACGUUCAAGAUAUUUUAGGAGAACUUAGAGAAAAGGUGACCGAGUGCGAGGCGUCCGCCAUGCUGCCGCUGGAGUGCCGCUACCUGAACAAGAGCGCCCUGACCACCCUGGCCGGCCCCCUGACCCCGCCCGUGAAGCACUUCCAGCUCAAGAGGAAGCCCAAGAGCGCCACGCUGCGGGCCGAGCUGCUGCAGAAGUCCACCGAGACCGCCCAGCAGCUGAAGAGGAGCGCGGGCGUGCCCUUCCACGCCAAGGGCCGGGGGCUGCUCCGCAAGAUGGACACCACAACCCCGCUCAAGGGCAUCCCGAAGCAGGCGCCCUUCCGGAGCCCGGCCGCGCCCAGCGUCUUCAGCCCCGCAGGGAACCGGACCCCCGUCCCGCCCUCCAGGACGCCGCUGCGCAAGGAGAGGGGCGUGAAGCUGCUGGACAUCUCUGAGCUGGACAUGGUCGGUGCCGGCCGAGAGGCGAAGAGGAGGAGGAAGACGCUGGCAGAUACGGAGGUGGUGGAGAAGCCAGCCAAGGAGGAGACGGUCAUGGAGAACGCCACGCCCGACUACGCGGCCGGCCUGGUGUCCACGCAGAAACUCGGGGCCCUGAGCAGCGAGCCCGCGCUGCCCUCCACGAGCUACCUGCCCGCCACCCCCAGCGUGGUCCCAGCCUCGUCCUACGUCCCCAGCUCCGAGACCCCGGCAGCCCCGCCUUCCCGGGAAGCCAGCCUGCAGGCCAGCCGGCCCCCCGACGAGCCCAGCACGCCAGCCCCUGCCCUGCCGGCUCAGUUCAAGCAGCGCGCACCCAUGUACAACAGCGGCCUGAGCCCGGCCACGCCCACACCUGCGCCGGCUGCGCCCGCCUCGCCCCUGACGCCCACCACACCCCCCACCGCCGCCCCUGCUGCCCAGGCUCCGCCAGUGGCCAUGGUGGCCCCACAGGCCCAGCCCCCCGCCCAGCCGCAGCCCAAGAAGAACCUGUCGCUCACGAGAGAGCAGAUGUUUGCCGCACAGGAGAUGUUCAAGACGGCCAACAAGGUCACGCGGCCCGAGAAGGCCCUCAUCCUGGGCUUCAUGGCGGGCUCCCGAGAGAACCCGUGCCAGGAGCAGGGCGACGUGAUCCAGAUCAAGCUCAGCGAGCACACGGAGGACCUGCCCAAGGCGGACGGCCAGGGCAGCACCACCAUGCUGGUGGACACCGUGUUCGAGAUGAACUACGCCACGGGCCAGUGGACACGCUUCAAGAAGUACAAGCCCAUGGCCAACGUGUCCUAGGGGCCGCCACCCGCCGCCGCGGGCCGGGCGCGGGCUCUGGGGGCGGGGACCCGGGGCGCCCCCCGGGGCUGGCUCACGUUUCAGGUUCCGUCCUCGGGGGUGUCCUGGACUGGUUUUUAGAUUUUAACAUGGGUUACUUUUUGUGUGAUCUGAGACGCUUUUUUGGAUUCAAUAUUACAUUUUUGAAUGUUAAAGUUAACCAAAAAGUUAAACUUCCGAAUUUUAGUGACA